UCAGAUCGAGAGUUGCACUUUCUCCCCGUUCUCUACUGAACUAGUAAAUAAGCCAUUUAAUCAAGCAAACCAAGUUUAACUAGGGUUAGGUAACCAUUAUUAACUUUAAUUGUUGUUGUUACAUGGUCCUCGUCUGUAUAUUUCACACGUGUAGAAGAAAUAUCUAGUCUGAUGAUGGGGACGAGUUGUCCCUUGAACAAAGUGCUGAGGAGACAAAACCUAGUCGAGCUGUCACCCAAGAGCCUCAAUUGUAAAUGUCAAAGGAUUCGCUACCUUCGAAGGUCUCUGCACACCUCAACCACGUCCCUCUAUUCCGACAAGAGCCCUGAUACGGACUCCUUAAAAUUCCAAACGCAGCAAUUCACACCCGACAGAAUUAGAAAUUUUAGCAUUAUUGCACACAUAGACCAUGGAAAAAGCACUUUGGCAGACAGGCUGUUAGAAUUUACAGGUACAAUACCCAAGUCAGUCGACAAUAAACAAAUUCUGGACAAGCUACAAGUGGAGAAAGAACGAGGGAUCACAGUUAAAGCUCAAAGUGCAAGCAUGGUGUACGAGUCGGGUGGGGUUCAGUAUUUGCUCAACCUUAUUGAUACGCCCGGUCAUGUCGAUUUCAGUUGGGAAGUGUCAAGAUCUCUCGGAGCAUGCGAUGGUGUCAUCCUAGUCGUUGAUGCAAAUCAAGGAGUGCAGGCUCAAACUGUGGCCAACUUUUAUUUAGCAUUUUCCAGGAAUCUCCCUAUUAUUCCUAUAUUAAACAAAAUCGACUUGAAAAAUGCAAACCCGGAAAGAGUGAUUGAGCAAUUAAAUGGGUUAUUUGAAAUUAAAGGAAGCGAUGUACUAAGAAUAUCUGCUAAAAUGGGUAUUGGAAUUCAAGACGUAUUGGAAGCUGUUGUGCACAAAAUACCAUCGCCAAAAAGUGAUCGUAAUUUACCAACAAGGGCUUUAAUAGUAGACUCCUGGUAUGAUCGAUACAAGGGGGCUGCGUUACUAAUUAAUAUGAAGGAUGGAAACUUUAAAUUAGGACAAAAUGUCGCUUUAUCACAAUCUGGAAAAGAAUACGAAAUCAAGGAAAUUGGUGUACUUAGGCCAAACUUAGUUUUGGUGGAUAGGCUAUACGCAGGUCAAGUUGGAUACGUCUACUGCAGUAUGCGUAGUGUCAAGGAAGCUUUCAUUGGCGGGACCUUACACAACAAAGGGGCCAAAGUCAAACCUUUGGAUGGAUUUGUCGCAGCGAAGCCCAUGGUGUACGCCGGAGUUUACCCAAUGGAUCAAAGUGAACAUCCAACUCUUCGAAAUGCAUUAGAAAAAUUAUUGCUAAAUGAUGCUAGCGUUGAAUGCAAGCUCGAGAGCAGCCAAGCAUUGGGAAAUGGUUGGAGAUUGGGAUUUCUAGGAGUCCUACACAUGGAUGUCUUUAAUCAACGGUUAGAACAGGAAUACGGAGCACAAGUGGUACUAACUGCACCAAAUGUUCCAAUAAAAAUCAAAAUCAAAGGUGCAAAAAAUAUCAAGGAUUAUGGAGGCGAGAUCAUUUCUAUAAACAAUCCCUGCAAUUUGCCUGAACAAAAUAUAAUUGUUGAAAUGUAUGAACCAUUUGUGUUGGGGACAAUAAUAACGCCAGAUGUCUAUCUUGGAGAUAUCAUAUCUUUGUGCAUGGAAAGAAGAGGAAUUCAACGCGAGACUAAAAGUUUUGAUUCUGAAAGAAUUAUAGUGACAUUCAAAUUACCAUUAGUGGAAAUAGUGGUAGACUUUUACGAUAAGCUGAAAUCUAUGACGUCAGGAUAUGCUAGUUUUGACUAUGAAGAAAUUGGAUAUGAACCGUCUGUUAUGACAAAACUAAACAUAAUGCUAAAUGGCAACCUCGUUGAAGAAAUGACCACGAUUACGCAUAAAUCAAAAGCACGUGAUAUUGGGAAAUCAAUAUGCAAUAAAUUGAAAGAAACAAUUCCUCAGCACCAGUUUCAGAUCGCUAUUCAGGCUGCCGUGGGAGGAAAAGUUGUGGCACGUGAAGAUAUUAAAGCUCUACGGAAGGAUGUUGCUGCUAAAUUGUAUGGAGGCGAUAGAACUAGGCGUGAUAAGCUACUGAAAAGACAAAAAGAAGGAAAGCAGAGGAUGAAAAUGGUUGGAAAAAUAGAAAUGCCUAGAGAAACAUUCAUCAAAGUUUUAGAGAGAUGAAAUCGCUUACAGAUAGGAUUUGACAAUUUAUCUAAUAGGAACAUGACUGGUUUUUAUAUAUUUAGAUUAUUAUUACAUGAAAUGAAUUGUAUAAUGACGAAAAAAGAUAAUAAAUAAAAGAACUGAGGAAAUACAUGCAAA